UUGUCACUCAAAGGGUGUUCCGGAUUGUGCAGAUAUAUGGUAAACAAAUAUUUGACAGCAGCAGCAGCAGCAGCAGCAGCAACAGUAACAGCAGCCCUGAGCUUCCUCAGUGUGUUUGCAGUGUGAGAGGCGGUGAAGUACAGGAGUUGUCUCGGUUCUUUAGUGCCCAGUUUGACGGCCUGCCUGCGUCCUCGGGAGAGGAAGAGCUGCUGUAAUUGGUUUCUCAAUGAAGGAUCAUCAGCUGCUCCCCGGAGGCUUGGUGGACUGUAGCGUAGCGCUGCUCCAUCAAUCGUCCAUUUCCCGGCUUUAAACACCGCUUUGCUCUUUUCUUCUGAAAUAAACAAGUGGGCAGUGAAGGGGCAUUAUCGGAGCAUCAUCAUCAUCAUCAUCCUGAGCGUAUUUAGAGGGGAUUUUUGUGUCCGUUUUCCCACAACCUGUGCGAGCGCUUGGAGUUAAUCGUUUUUGUCCAUAUCAGCGGAGAAUCGCGGGGCAAAGUUUAACGCAGAUUUUCAACAUGAGUGACCUGGAGGACGACUUUGCUAAGAUCCUGCUGCUAAAGGAGGAGAGGAUACGGGACUUGGAGAGGCGGCUGGCGGACAGGGAAGACGAGAUUCAAGAACUGAAGAGAAAAUUGCACAAAUGUCAGUCUGUUUUGCCCAGCGCUCAACUUAUUGGACCGAGGACCCGCAGGGCGCAGGGCAUCUCCGCGGAGCCUCAAACGCACCAGGACCUGUCAAGGCAGUCUUUUCGGAAAUAUGCCAAGUCUGACUGGUCCAAGGAUCUGAUCAAGGAGGCCAUCUUGGACAAUGACUUCAUGAAGAACCUGGAGCUUUCGCAGAUCCAAGAGAUCGUGGACUGCAUGUACCCUGUGGAGUAUGGAAAGGACAGCUGUAUCAUUAAGGAGGGCGAUGUGGGCUCGCUGGUCUACGUCAUGGAAGACGGCAAGGUGGAGGUGACAAAGGAGAGCCUGAAACUCUGCACCAUGGGGCCAGGAAAGGUGUUUGGAGAGCUGGCUAUUCUCUACAACUGCACCAGGACUGCCACUGUCAAGACUCUAACAAAUGUGAAGCUGUGGGCCAUCGACCGACAAUGUUUUCAGACGAUCAUGAUGAGGACGGGUCUCAUCAAGCACACAGAGUAUAUGGAGUUUCUGAAAAGCGUCCCCACAUUCCACAGCCUGCAGGAAGAUAUUCUGAGCAAGCUUGCCGAUGUCCUUGAGGAGACACAUUACGAAGAUGGAGAGUACAUCAUCAGACAGGGGGCCAGAGGAGACACCUUCUUCAUCAUCAGCAAGGGAAAGGUUAAUGUGACCAGGGAGGAGCCCAGUGGAGAACCUGUCUACCUGCGCAGCCUUGGGAAAGGAGACUGGUUUGGAGAGAAAGCCUUGCAAGGGGAGGACAUCAGGACGGCCAAUGUCAUUGCAGCAGAGGCAGUCACCUGUCUGGUCAUUGAUAGAGAUUCAUUUAAGCACCUGAUUGGAGGUUUGGAGGAUGUAUCCAGUAAAAGUCAAGAGGAUGCAGAUGCCAAAGCCAAGUAUGAAGCAGAGAAUGCAUUUUUCUUCAAUCUCAACCUAGCUGACUUCAACAUCAUCGACACUCUCGGGGUUGGUGGCUUUGGACGUGUUGAGCUGGUUCAGCUCAAGAGUGAUGAGAACAAAACCUUUGCCAUGAAGAUCCUGAAGAAGCGGCACAUUGUCGACACAAGACAGCAGGAGCACAUUCGUUCAGAGAAACUCAUAAUGCAGGAGGCCCACUCUGACUUCAUUGUUAGACUCUAUAGAACAUUCAAGGACAGCAAGUACCUCUACAUGUUGAUGGAAGCGUGUUUAGGAGGAGAGCUGUGGACCAUUCUUCGAGACCGGGGUUCAUUUGAGGACUCAACUACCAGGUUUUACACGGCUUGUGUGGUGGAGGCCUUCGCCUACCUGCACUCCAAAGGCAUCAUCUACAGAGACCUCAAACCAGAGAACCUUAUAUUGGACCACAGGGGCUAUGCCAAACUGGUGGACUUUGGCUUUGCCAAGAAGAUUGGUUUUGGGAAGAAGACAUGGACCUUCUGUGGGACGCCGGAGUAUGUAGCACCAGAGAUCAUUCUAAACAAGGGCCACGACAUCUCAGCUGACUAUUGGUCCCUAGGAAUCCUCAUGUUUGAGCUCUUAACUGGCAGCCCUCCAUUCUCUGGCCCUGAUCCCAUGAAAACCUACAACAUCAUCCUGAGAGGCAUCGACAUGAUCGAAUUUCCAAAGAAAAUUACCAAAAAUGCUGCCAACCUAAUCAAAAAGCUAUGCAGGGAUAAUCCUUCUGAACGACUGGGAAACUUGAAAAAUGGUGUCAAAGACAUCCAAAAGCACAAAUGGUUUGAGGGCUUUAACUGUGAGGGCUUGAAGAAGGGGACACUGACACCUCCUAUUAUCCCUAAUGUCACAUCAGCAGUUGACACAAGUAACUUCGACAGCUUCCCAGAGGACAACGAGGACCCGCCUCCUGAUGACAACUCUGGCUGGGAUGUUGAUUUCUGAAGUCCUGCUGUCCCCUUAAGACCAGGAGAAACUCUUCUUUUGUUGGCUUGGAGGCCAUACUGAGAACAUGGCUGUGUUGUAAAAAAAAAAAACUGCAUUAAAAAUGAAAGAGAGGAUAUGAAAAAGAAGAUAAAUGGAUGGAUGGCAAACCCUCUGGGUCACCGAUAUGCCUUUAUUUCACUGUGGCUCUGGAUCAAGCAUUUAUAAUGGGACUGCUGUAGCACUUCUUCAGUGUUGUCUUACACUCGGCGUAAAAGGCAAAGGCAAAGAGAGUGCAGGGAUACACACACAUACAUACAAUACAAAAAGGCUGAUAAUGAAGCCAGGUUUUCCCAUGUAACAGGGAAAAAUGCGUAAUGGGUGGAUAAUGCUCAAUAGUCUGUCUAAGUUUGGUUCUAGGAUAAAUAAGAGUGUGAAAAAUGUGAUGGACUGCUCAAAAAGAGAGGAGGCUGAUCGAUUUUUUUUUUUCCUCAAUAUUUGUUGGUGGACUUAUGGGAGGAUAUAAGAUGUGCAGUUACUUCCUGGUUUUUGACAUGCAGCUGCUGGCUGCAAUCUCUGAUACUUUCCAGAGAGCUACACAACGGAUUGCAAGUAAAACUGGUAUCAAGUGCUCUAGACUAACCUGAAUGUCACUGACUUUCUUUUUAUUGAGACAUCCAUAUGGCAUACAGUAUGUACGGUACAUAGUAUUUGAAUUUACAAGGUACAUUCUCACACAUGAUCAUAUCCAGGCUGAAAUCAAAUACGUCGUACACUUGAUAGGAGAUCAACCUACCUUGAAAAGCACAAACACUGUGCGUUCAGUGGAAAGAGACGUGACUCAAGUGCCCUGCUUAAAAUUUAAUUAAUCACACCGACACACGUGAAAUGUCUGUUAGUAUUUCCAUUAAGCAAUGUGUCAUUAUGCAUUCAAAUCCUUUAACUGAGAAAAUCAGUAGUUAAAGCUCAUUUUAAGCCUCAGUAGAUAAAGUCAUUCUUUUUUUUUCUUAAAUACGCUUUGAAUCACGCAUAUGAAUGCUUCGGUACCUACAUACUUAUUAAUUUUGUUUUUAAACCACCCAAAUGCCUCUUCCCAGUCAACCAAACCAGACUUCCUUUGUUUGCUCCUGUAUAGUUCUGACAUAACUGUGAACAUGGUUUCAAUGUCUUUGGUGCUGUUAUUGAUAAAUUAUAAUAAGCGAUGGUGAGAUGACAGUACUGGUUAUUGUUUUGUAUAGUGACUUUUUUUGCGCUUGAUUUCUUUGUUAUGUAUACUUGACUUCCUUCUUUAGAAAAUUGGAUACUAGAAUCAAUUUGUAAAUUUGAGUGAACAUUUGUUUUAUAUCACUCGACACCAUCUUACAUUGUGCUAAGUGGUAUUCUCAAGGUUUUUAAACAGGUUUAACCAUGUCAAGUAAAUCCUUAUGAGUUCAUCUUCUUUGGAGGCAAAAUAUACCACAUUCACAUGAUCUUAAGACUAUCUUAACUUCAUCUUAUCAAGAAAUUUUAAAGUCUUUCAGAGACAAAUAGUGAAAGAAGAAAGAUUAUAUUUUGUGAAAAUUCACUUUGUCCACUAGCACCAUGAUCUCUCACCCUACACAUCACCUCUCAUGUCCAACAAUCAGAGCAUUAAAUCAGAAGAAAUGUAAGUGCCUUAAAUCAAUGGCAUACAAAAUUGACAUCACAAGACCUUUUCGAUGCUGCAUGAACACAUAUACACCUCAAAAACGUAUGUCCUCUUAGAUGGCUGCUUCUCAUCCUUUGUUAUAUCUAAUAAAUACAUUAAUCACUAUGGCAA